CAGCGCUUCGCAUCCAUUGAUGGAACCGUCGAGAUUCAGCUACGCAGGUGUAUAUAAAAUCGCAGUUCGUUUACAGACGAAACAGACAACACUAGCUCAAUCAUCAAGGAGAUCUACACUAAACUUAGCUAAACCAAGUGCAGCCGUUGACCAUCAUUUCAAUAAUCCCACGAAAUGUCGCUGACAGUUAAAGUAUUUUUUGAGAAAACCAAUGGACCAGCUGAGAUCCGCAGGUUUCCUGUGGAUGUGUCAGCAGGAACUGACUUUUUCAACACCACUAAAGAGAAGAUAAGACAGCUGUACUCAUCACUAUCCCAUGGCAAUUUUCUGCUCUUUUGGCAAGAUCCUGACGGAGAUAGAAUUGCGUUCUCAACUACUGAAGAAAUGAAGGAUGCAAUGUCUUAUGCCACUGAUGGAGUUCUACGAGUCUACAUCCAAGAGUCUCAAGGAACAGAUUCAGCUUCUGCUAGUACCCAGCCUAAAAAGCCACAGGAGCAGCCAAAACAGGCACCCCAGGCGGAAAAACCAUUUGAGGGACAACAGCCAGGCGCCAGCCAUGGACCAAGGCCAUCACAAAGUGGAGGUCCAGAAGGGCCAGUCCAUGUUGGUGUCACUUGUGAUGGGUGUGAGGGACCGGUCAUUGGGAUUCGCUUCAAAUGUUGCGUGUGUCCUGACUAUGAUUUGUGCCAGACUUGUGAAGGCAAUGGCAAGCACACAGAGCAUGACAUGUUCAGGAUCACCACACCUCGUGUGAGCCCAAUGAGUUUUCUGCCACCUCACAUUGGCCGUUAUUUCCAACGUUGUAUGAGGAACAUGACCCCAGGGGCAGCACCUGGACCAAUGCCUGGGUUUCCACCAGCACCAAAUGGAGGGGCCGCAGCAGAUGACAAAAAAGAAGAGAAGGAUAAACCAUCCUAUGAUGAAUACCUGAAUGGUGUUGGAGCCAACAUUGCAGCUUUUCUGGACCCUUUUGGCAUUGAUGUGACCUAUGACAUUCACCAUGGCAACCAGCAGUUCCAGCGUGGAGGGUGCCAUCGUGGCUGGUCUAGAGGGGGCAGAUGCCCUGCCUGGGAAGGGAUGAGCCGCAGGUCUCAGCAAGAUACCCCAGCACCUGGACCAAAGGAGCCUGAGCAAAAAGAGAUGGAGACUGAUGCAGCUGAACCCGCUGGCAAGCAAGAACCUAAAAAGGCUGAAAGUGAGCACUCUGGAGAUGAAUGGACCUUCCUUGCCCCAGAUGACAUCAGAGAGAAAACAACUGGACCAACCUUCACCGUGGCUGGCUCUGCACCAAUCCCCAUGCCCCCACCCCCUCAACGUGAGCCUGACAGGGUGCCUGAAGUUGUUCCAUCAGCUCCAGAGCCCACUUCAACCUCCCAGCCAGCCAGAGCCAUUUACCCUAAUUUGAAGAUCCAGCAAAGCCUGGACCAAAUGCUCCAGAUGGGCUUCACCAACACUGACAACUGGCUCUCAGACCUGUUGAUUGAGCACAGUGGAGACAUUGGUGCCACCCUUGAUGCCAUCAAGGUCAAGGCUACCCAGCAGUUGAACUCAAUCCGUGACAACCACUAAGAGAAUCACAUUGAGUUACAUCAAGUUUGAUGUUCCUAUGUUAUUGUUAGUAAAUCUCUUUAUUUACACUAGAAACUCUUGUAGUUUUCUCUUGCUGUUAUACUUACUGGUUUGUUUUUUUAUAUCAGGGGUAAUGUUUAUUUUUUUGUGUGAUUAUAUUUAGACAUUUUAGUGCUUCAAGAUUAUUAAAAAAAUUGGAUUUGUUUAAAUGUUUGCCUUUUGAAUCAAAAUCACUUUGCUUGAUUAAAUUUAAAAUAGAAAUUUCAUUUAUUUUUGCAUUAUUGGUAUGUACAACUAAGAAUAAAAAUUACAUUGUGUGGUAUUGAUGCAUCAAGUUUGAUGUUUCUAUGUUAAUUGUUAGAAAAUGUCUUUUAAACCGGAAACUCUUGUAGUUUUCUUAAACUCUUGUUAAUUUUCAUCAGGGGUAAAGUUUAUUUUGUUGCGUAAAACUAUUAGAUAUAUUUUAGUGUUAUGAUUUUUAAAAAUUGUAUAUGUAUACAUUUUUGCCUUUUUAAAGUAAAAUCACUUUGCUGGAUUAAAAUUAGAAAUUUCAUUAAUAUUUUAAUAAUUGGCAUGUAUAUAUAAAUGGACUUUUUUUAAUGGUAUAUCUUGUGUGGGUCUAGGUCAUACCAUUGUAAUUUACUAUCACUUUAUUUGUGUUCUUUGUUUUUUAGGAGUUCAAUUUACUUUGAGAGGAUUGUAAAACUAAAAAGAAUUAUCUAAAUUGAUAUGUGCUACUAUGUAUUACAGUAGAACCUAUAAUAAAAAUUACAUUGGGCUAAUUAUUUUGGCUGUUGUUAAUAUUUUUUAUUUAGA